AUGGCCACGCUCCAGCGGUUAGCAGGCCAGACUGCGAAGCGGCUGUGUCUGAGACCAGCCAGCGCCCUCCCAAUCAGAUCCUCCUCGACCCCCUCGAUACAGUCCGCCGCGACGCGGUCACGAGCAGCCGCAUGCUUCUCGACGACAAGCCUCCGCCGCUAUGCCCAGACACAAGACCAGCAACCCCAGGGCACCGUCCUGAUCCCCGUCGACGAGAACUUCUCCCCCGCCUCCCGCGACCCCUACAUGAUGAAGCGGCUGGAGGGCGACGAGGGAACUGGAGAGAAGGCGGGUGAGGGUUCCAUAGCAGGGCGCAAGAUUCGCCACUACACGGUCAACUUCGGUCCCCAGCAUCCGGCCGCCCACGGUGUGCUGCGCUUGAUCCUCGAGCUCAACGGCGAGGAGAUUGUGCGCGCCGACCCCCAUGUCGGCUUGCUGCACCGAGGAACAGAGAAGCUGUGCGAGUACAAGACAUACCUGCAGGCCCUGCCGUAUUUUGACCGGCUGGACUACUGCUCCAUGAUGACCAACGAGCAGUGCUUCUCGCUGGCAGUCGAGAAGCUGUUGAACGUGGAGGUGCCGGAACGUGCCCAAUGGAUUCGGACUCUGUUCGGGGAGAUCACCCGUAUCCUGAACCACCUCAUGUCCAUCUUGUCACACGCUAUGGAUGUUGGUGCUCUCACGCCCUUUUUGUGGGGUUUCGAGGAGCGAGAGAAGCUUAUGGAAUUCUACGAGCGUGUCUCUGGCGCCCGUCUCCACGCCGCAUACGUCCGACCCGGUGGCGUCUCCCAAGAUAUCCCCAUCGGCCUGCUCGACGACAUCUACCAAUGGGCCACCCAAUUCGGCGACCGUAUCGACGAAACCGAAGAAAUGCUGACUGACAACCGUAUCUGGAUUGACCGUCUUCGUGGUGUCGGUGUCGUCUCCGCCGCUGAUGCUCUCAACCUCUCCUUCUCUGGUGUUAUGCUCCGAGGAUCCGGAGUCCCAUGGGACGUUCGCAAGUCUUCUCCUUAUGACGCUUAUGAUCAAGUCGAAUUCGAUGUGCCAGUCGGUGUCAAUGGCGACUGCUACGACAGAUACCUCUGCCGAAUGGAGGAAUUCCGCCAGUCCCUCCGCAUCAUCCACCAGUGCCUCAACAAGAUGCCCCCCGGACCCAUCAAGGUUGAGGACUACAAGAUCGCCCCUCCUCCUCGUGCCGCCAUGAAGGAGAACAUGGAGGCCCUCAUCCACCACUUCCUGCUGUACACCAAGGGAUACGCCGUCCCACCAGGCGACACUUAUUCCGCCAUCGAGGCACCAAAGGGUGAGAUGGGUGUGUACGUCGUGAGUGACGGAAGUGAGCGGCCAUACCGUGUGCACAUCCGUGCCCCUGGCUUUGCUCACUUGGGUGGCUUCGACGCAAUCGCCAAGGGCCAUUUGCUGGCUGACGCGGUGGCGAUCAUCGGAACAAUGGAUCUGGUGUUUGGUGAGGUCGAUCGGUAG